AGUGGUAGCCAACCAAAUUUUUUGCAAAAUGACUUCAAAGAGGAUUACCCCCCAUUUCAUUGAAAUUUUCUGCUGAUCACAGGACUGACAUACACUUUUUAUAAAUGCAAAUAUCCAAGUCAAAAUUAUCAUAGAGACUCAUGAAAUAUUUCAUUUUCUUCAGAAAACAAUGUAGUGUUACUUUUUAAAUUAGUUUUUAUACUUAAAAAUACCCCAUUCUCAUCCAAUCACCUCAUGUAUAAAGUGAUUCAUACGGUUUUCCCUGCACUUUUUUUCAGCCAAUCGCUGGCCAUGUUACAAUGCGAUUCCCUGACCUAAACAGAAAAAGGUGAUAAGUAUAUUCUGUGAUAAUAUGUGUUUCUUACGAUAUAUUAAAUAAUGGCUGAGCCACAACCGUUGCUUGUCAGGCAGUUGAUAUGUAGAAAUAUAAAAGUUGAAGGGGAAUAUCUCAGUUAUGUGGACAAUGGAGACGGAUUUGUUGGACUGUAUGUUGACAACAAUGUAAUGGUGAUCGGAAAAUAUUUUGAAAUUGAGAUAUUAAGUUUAGGCCAGCGUGGAACAAUUGCUAUAGGUUUGGUACCAAGCAAUUACCCAGAAAAUAUGCAGCCAGGAUGGGAACAGAACUCAAUAGGAUAUCAUGCGGACAAUGGCUAUUUUUACAAAUUAGGCCAGGGUACAAAGUUUGGACCAAAAUGCCUCGUUGGUGACAAGAUUGGCUGCUUUUUAUCUGAUCCCGACACGAGGAGUCCAUACCAAGCUUCAUUUGAUUGGAUGGGUGGGACCCUUCUUACAGCUGUUUUUACCAGGAACGGUAAAAAGUUUGGAGAAAAAGAACUGCGGUCAUUUCAAAAUUUAGAGCUAUAUGCUGCGGUUGGAAUGCAUUCAUCCGGAGAAAAAGUCAAAGUAGUACUGGAUGCACAGAGACCAUGAUUGAGAAGGAGUAUAAGAAGCAAAACUUAAUACAAUGUACUAGUUACAUUUGUUUACUUAUAUUUGCAGUAUAAUAAGACUUUAAGGGUAGUUAUUUGUCAUAUUUUUGAUGUUGUCUCAAUGUUCUUGUCUCUGACGUUUACAUCUUUACGCUUUUUCCAUUUUUUUUAACAUUUAGAAGAAAAAAAUUAAUAUUGAUUAUUUAAAGCAAACAUUUAUCCUGCAUAAAAUAUGACAGAUUUAAUGGCAAUGUUUACGGUAUGGUGUUUUAAUGUUUACUUUUUUAUAAAAGAUUAUCUAAUACAUGUACCUACAUGUGAAUCGUCAUGCAGUUGUUUAAACGACUUAAUUUUUACCAUCGUUUAUUAUUAUUCCCCGAUAUACAUGUAGAUUUGGCUUUGUCCAUCUUUCCCAUUGUUUUCUUAUUUAUGGCAUACGCUUUCUUUUACUUGAGGAUUACAUUAAAAGUUCUAUGAUAACUGCCGUAUGAACACACCUGUGGAUGUUUCUAAAUUAAAUAAUACUAUGAGUUUAACUAUAAAAGUAUGAAAUGUAUGCAUUAAAAUUUUCAAAUUAAGUAGAACGAUUUGAUUGAGUAAAAGUGCAGUGCACAAGAUCAAUUACUUUCAUAACAGUAGUUCUUGUCCUUAUGUAAUUCUUCAUAAUUAUUUUUUGAAUAGGGCAUAACUCGAAAAAGAUAGAAGGUAUUUUGCUUUAUAUAUUGAUAAAUCACACAUUGUCAAUGUUGAGUUUCUAAGAGCCAAAACUCUUUUAUUGCAUAACUUUGGAUUUACUGCCCCUUUUGCUUUUUCAUACUCAUUUUUAUGCAGAAAGUUAUUCAAAAGUAUUAGAGUUUUUAACUUAAAUUUCACAGCAUGACUAAAUCGUUAAGGAAAUUGUGCAAUGUUUUAACCAUGUUUCUAAAAUAUAUAUAUUUUUUAAGGAAUUGCCCUUUGUGAUUUUUCACAUUGUAUUUUCUUAGGAGCACACAAAAAAGAAGUAUUAGGGAUGUAAACUUAAAAGUUCAUAGAUUGAUAGUUCUUUGGGAAAAUAAACUUUUAAGAAUCAUUAUUAUUUGUAUGCAUAAUUUUGGAGUUAUUGACUUGGUAUGUUGUCAUAUUAAGUAUUGCACUUUGUAUUUCUUUUAAUACAAUUUUUGUCUAGGUAUAUCUUAAAGUCAAUACGAUGAAUCAGAAUUAUAUGUAACUGUGAGUAAUGUUUCACAUUUUGUUAUUAAAUAAAUGUUUUUGUAUAAUAUUUAUAUAAUUAGUACAUGGAUAAAUCACAAUCAGCAUUACCAAAUUCUUUGUUUCUUAGAGUUACUUAUAUAACAAAUAUGGAACCAACAUUUUAAACAAUGAUGCAGCUUUGUGGAUAAGUGAACUCGAAAAAGACAUCAAAUAGGACUAUUACUGAAUUCAGUAGAUAUGUUUGAAUAGAAUGUGUAUGUUUUGCAUGGGUAUUUUACAUUGCUUAUUUAAUUACAGUUAGAUUCUAUCUCAAUACUUAUACUGUUCAAAAGUUAAUCAAAUUCUUCAGUGAAAAGUUUCAGGUGAAAAGGACUUACGAAUUAAAUAAGUUUAUAAUUUUUGAACACUAUUUUAGUUAAGACGUAAAGAAACAUUCGGUAUGUACAAUUUUAUGUUAUUGUUUACAUAACAAAUUCUGAUGAAUAAAACGUUACAGCAGUUGUUGUUGGUGAUA